AUGAUUGAAGUAAAGUCUUAUAAAUUUAGGACGAAGCCCCCUGACUUGAUAUCCAAGUUUAAAGUGAUCAAAGAAGACUGGUCCGACUUCGUAAAAUACAUGAGCGACUUAAGGAACAUGUGUAAAUACCCACUGCAAAUGAAUGAUCAUUGUAAGGAUAUACAUGGUGAAGAUCACAUUAUUACUGUGAAUAAAAAGGCCAUUUAUGAAAAUAUACAUGAUGUAAUGAAAAUUAAAGAGUGGAAUAAUGACAUAGAAUUUGAUGACCAUCCUAUCUGUAGAGAUUCCUCUUCUGAUUCAUGUAGCCAUUCCGAGGAGUCUGGUAGCGUUUGCAAUUUUAACAAGUAUAAAAUAAUUCACAACAACAUAUAUUCCAAUAACGCCAAUUUGAAGAGGCAAAAAAUUCGUGCAAAUUACGGAAGUGUAUGUAUACCAAGCGAAAAGCGCGAAGUUAAGGUGGAGAAAAAAGAGUAUAGCCAUGAAAUAUGCUAUAAAAGAAAAACAAGAAGAAAGAAUAUUCUUAACAGCUCCUGUGGCAAUGAAAAAUUAAAUAACGGGAACAAUGAAUUAGGACAGAAUGAUGCAGUUGCUCCAAAUGAGCAGCGUGAUCUCUAUCAGAAGAACAUCUUUGGUAAGUCUUUAAGGAAAUUAAGCAAGAACAAUUUUCACGGAAAAAGUAAAAGUUCGGCAUAUGUAUCGUACCCGAAUGAAUACGAUUAUACAUACGGUUCGAAGGAAUAUGAUAUCUCUUAUGACCAAAAUGAAUUGAAUGUAGAGUCCAAAGAUUUUCUCGAUAAUAGUGAAAGUCGGGAAUAUAAGUCUCGAAAGUUUGCGUAUAAAGAAAAAGUUAAAAAUGGGAAGAGGAACACAAGGAGAAUAGGACAAUAUUUUUAUAAUAAUGAAUUUUCCAGAAGUAACAGCCUUAGCAAUUUAUCUGUUCAAGAUAAUAUUAGUGUAAAUGAUGUGUCAAGAGAGAAUAACAUUCUUGUUAAGAGAAAUAAUAAAUACGAGGUGUACUCGAACGCAAUAAAAAAUGCACGUAAGAAUAACUCCCACAUUGACGGAUCGUAUGCAUAUAAUUUUGCGUAUAUGGAUAAAAACGAUAGAUCAGGUGACUCUACUCCAGUGGAAGGAGCACACGGAACUAUCAUGAAUUUAGACGAGGAAAUAAAAAACUACAAAUUUCGCCAUCUUGAGUGA